GCUGCACAAAGAAAAAUAAUUUACUCGCCAGCAUCGACACAUACAAAUUUUCAUUUUUUAAAGUGUACUGGCAAGUUGUUAAUUUUUUUCCCAGUGCCGACCCGCAAAACAGCAACAAACAAUAAGAGCCCCCCCAUUCGGUGUGCGAUAAGAUGCAGCAGGAUCGUAUCCUUUGGAGAUAUUUGAGUGCAGCACAUUUGAGUGACGACGAGACGGUCUGACCCCCGCAGCAGCAGCAGCAGCAGCAGCACAGGCGGCGGAGGCGGUGUCUGUGAGAGUGUCUGUACCCGUACCCCCAAGGAGACGCCAAUCGUGAAUUGAAGAGCCAAGCAAUGGCAGAAUCAAUGGCCAGCGGCAGCGGAGGAUUAGUCCAGAAAAUGCUGGUGGAGAUUACCACAGACGGAGUGCCGAAGCUCCACUGUCCCGUGUGCAACAAGGCCCUCAUCUCCCUGGCCGGCUAUGUGAAGCAUGUGAAGAAGCACGAGCCACCGGGCGGCUUCCAGUGCCGCCAGUGCGAGGUCCGCUACUGCCACGAGGAAGAGCUGACGCAGCACGUGAAGAGUGAGCAUGCUUCCGCAGCGGAUGAGGAACGGAAGCGGUAUGUGUGCGACAAGUGCGGGACGGAGUACAAGUAUCUGGAGGCGUACAAGCGUCACUGCAAGACAAAGUGCCAGCAAACCAGCGACCCACAUGAGACGCCCCACAAGGAGAGUCAUGCCACUAACGAGUCCACAGAUGCAGCAGGAGUGCGCCCAGUGGAGUGCAAGUGCUGUUCAACACGGUUCUCCUGCUCCUCCAACCUUGCCAAGCAUCGACGCAGUCGCCCUGAGACCUGCGGAAAACUAGAACACAAUCCUGGCCCUUCGGAUCAGAAGAAGAUCAAGGGCCGCAUAAGACAGAGAACAAAGUUAAAGGCAGGCACAUCCGAAGAGGAGGAUGCGACCGGAUCGGAUAGCGACGAUGACAUUCCCCUGGCCAGCAGAAUCAAGGCGAAGGCGGUGCACGCACCGCCGCAGCUGAAGGAGGAGAACAUGAGCGACCAGCAGUCCUCGGACUCCGGCGACGAGUGCCCUGACUUUGAGCCGAACAACAGCGACGAGGAGGCAGAUGCUGCACAAUUCCAGCUGCCCGCCCCUGCCAUGGUCAAGGUGGAGGCCUUCGACGAGGAUUUCGAGUACCAGGACGCCAGUCUGUUUGUGAAGACGGAGAGUGCGGACAUUUUCAGCAGCGAGAAGGACAAGCUGCUGGAUGUCCUGCUUAGUACGGAUGAGGGCGAUGGCCUGAAGCCCUUCGAGAGCCUCAAGGUGGAGCAUGCCGGCGGGAUACUGGACGAGAUAGCGGCUGUGCCGCUGGGUGAGCACACCGAGACGGCGGAGACGGAAGAAGACGUCCUGUCGCUGAGGAACAGCUACGAGGAAAAGAAAAAACGGGCCAAGGACUCGACGGGCAAGCGGAAAUACCGCAAGCGAGGCACCAUCAGAUCCCCCACGCCCGAGGAGGCGCCGAGCACACCGAAGCGCGUGGCCAAGAUCACCAAAAAGGAGCUGAAGGAGCGACUGAAGAUGAUCAACAAGAUGGAGAAGACCUGGAAGUGUCCGCACUGCGUCAAGAUCUACCACAUACGCAAGCCCUACGAGAAGCAUCUGCGGGACGACCACAAGCUCACCGAGCAGGACAUCAAGGACAUAUUCAAGGACGUCGACGUCCAUGCAAAGCUGGACGAGGAGGUUUUCAAGUGCCCCAUUUGCAGCAAGAUCUAUCUGGUGGAGAAGCGCCUCGAGACGCACCUCAAGGUCCAUGGGGAGGACGGAAGUCUGAUCUUCAAGUGUCCCUGCUACUGCAAUCUGUUCUUCGCCAGCAAGGAGCUGGCCACGGAGCACGCCCACCAGCAGCACAAGGAGCUGCUGUACUGCGAGAAGUGCGACAAGUACAUGACCGGACACGACAGCCUCAAGAACCACGAGAAGAACUUCCACUCGAAGAAGGAGCCGCGUAACCUGCCACGCAACCUCAUCUGCGACAAGUGCGGCAAGAAGUUCACGGGCCGCACCUCCCUCUCGGACCACGUGCGCUCCGACUGCGGCCGUCUGCCACUUUACCAGUGCAGUGUCUGCGGCAAGCGGCUCUCCACGGCGGGCAUUCUCAAGACGCACCUGCUGCUGCACCAGUCGGAGACGCCCUACCAGUGCGACAAGUGCGGGAAGACGUUCAAGGUUAAGGCCCAGUACAAGUCGCAUUUGAAGACGCGGCACACGGAGUACAAGCCGUACAAGUGCCACCUCUGCCCCAAGGAGUACCCCUACAGGGAGAGCCUGCUAACCCACAUGACGGUGCACACGGGCAUCAAGCGCUUCCUGUGCAACAACUGCGGCAAGCGCUUCACGUGCAUAUCCAACCUGCAGGCCCACCGCAAGGUGCACGCCGACACCUGUGGCCAGCUGCCACUGAACGCCAAGGCCACCCAGUACAUGGGCGUGCAGCGGGGCAAGCUGCUGAUGGGCGCCAAGCCCGAGGCGGGCAUGGAGUACGAGGAGACAAAGACUUUGAUUGCACAGGACGUGAUCGACAAGGACAUGCCCAUGGCACAGGAGCUGAACUUCCCUUCCGACGGCACGGCGCCGCUGGCCACGGUGCCCCUCAACUACGCUUCCACGCACCUGGUCCCCCACAUCGUACUCCAGACCAUGCAGGCCGAGGCCCGGCGGAUGGACUAGCAUAGGACUUCGUAGAUUAGAGACCAAAACUCAAUAAAGAUUAUUUUGUAACCGA